GUGAUCACUACCUCCCACCACUAAUCUCUCCCUCUCUCUCUCUACUCUCAAAUUAAACUCGAUUCAUCUCCAAUCUCUCUCUAGAGGAAGAAAAUCAAAAGCAAUGAGCUCAAUGAUGGAAACUCUCCAGAUUCGUAAACCGGCUUCUCUCCCCGUUUCUCAACGCUCUACUUCCUCUUCUUCCGCCGCCGCCGCCGCCACCGACGAUGAGCCUGGUCUCAUCCGCCGUCGUCUCUCUUCUCUCUCCCUCAAUCUCUCAAGCCAGCCAGCGGCGAUCGCAGCUCGAUUCCCGAGAUCCAAAUCGGUUUCCGCCAUGGGAGAGCAAGCUGGGAGCUCCGUAAAAGAAUGGUGGGAGUGGGGUUGGUCAUGGAUCCUCUCCAGGAAACCGAUCUUCAUCAGAGAUCUCGAGCUUAACAAAGACGAAGCUAAAUCGAUUGGUUCUCAGAACAGAGGAAGCAUAAUGCACGUCUUCUUCAAAAUCCGAUCUCAGAUCCGCAAUCUCAUGGGUUCUUCCUCUGAUACUCUUCCUCUCUCCUGCAAAUACAAGCGUCAACGAUGAUUAUUGUCGCUUUGAUCAUCGGAAUUGGACGGUUGAGAUUUGUGAUUCCUCUCUAAAGAUAUAUAUCUUCGUUUCCUUUUCGUGCAUCAAUCAAUUGGAGUAAUGUGCUUGUGAAAAAUUUUUAUCUUGUAUUUUGCUAUAAUUAAUUUGCCUAGAUGUUUAAUCAUUUUAUUUAUUUGAUUUGUUUUACAUGUUGUGCAGUUGUAUUUUUGUAACCAUGCAAAUUAUAUAGAAGCCUGUUAUUUU